AUGCAGUCGGAAGCAUCUUCAUCGCCGAUUAACAUGACUUCGCCGGGAAAAUCUCCGAGAUCGGACCGGAAAUCGCCGACUGUUGUCACCGUGCAGCCGUCGUCUCCCAGGUUCCCGAUCGGCACACCGACAGCUGGAGCGCAACGUAAGAUCGGGAUCGCUGACGGAGAAGACGAGAAAGCCAGCGAAAACGGUGCCGAGAAGCUGGUGGAUAGCGAUAAACUUCAUACAGUGCCUGAGGUCGCCGAGGAAGAGUACCAUGAUGCUUCGGAUAAGCAGCAGCAGCAGCAGCAGCAUGAAAGCCUCCUGAGAACACAUGGGUCGUUUCCUUCUACUUCUUCUUCUUACAUUGUCUUUAUUCUCUUUGACGUUUUGUUUGGCUGUGGAUGUAAUCUCGUUCUCUACCGAGCUCAACGACUCACAGACGCUCGUCUCCAGCCCCAGCAAUUUCAGCUUUGGUUUCUUCAGUCCGGUCGCUACGCAGGGAUUUGGUUCAAUAACAUUCCUUUGCAGAAGCAGACCGUGGUUUGGGUAGCAAACAGCGACAGCCCGAUCAAUGACUCUUCUGGAGUGAUUAAGAUAUCCAAAGGCGGGAAUCUCGUGGUUACGGAUGGUCGUGGACGGGUUCACUGGUCCACGAAUGUCUCACGGUCAGUAGCAGCUGCUAGCGCAAGGCUUCUGAAUACAGGGAACCUCGCACUGCAAGACAAUGGGGAUAAGAAACUGUGGGAGAGUUUCGAGCAUCCUCAAAGACGGGAAUCUCGUGAGCAUCUUCAAAGACGGGAAUCUCAAAACGCGUUCUUGCCAACAAUGACACUUUCCAGUGACGCAAGAACGGGGAAGAGCCUGAUGCUCAGAUCAUGGAAAAACCAGUCUGAUCCUUCGCCUGGAAGCUACUCUGCCGGUGUGAUUCCCCUGCCGUUUCCGGAGCUUGCCAUCUGGAAAGAUGAUCUUAUGGUGUGGCGAAGCGGCCCGUGGAAUGGUCAAAACUUUCUCGGACUACCGGGAAGAGAUUCCCGUAUCAGUCUUUACGGGUUUGCCCUUGCUAAUGACAAACAAGGGUCUCAUGAAUCUCUGUUUCAUUUUCUCCUGGACUCCGAGGGGUACGCCGUGGAGAAAGUCUGGAGCGAGGUCAAGCAAGAAUGGAGGAUGGGGUUGAUGUUUCCCACGAACUGUGAUAUAUAUGGUAAAUGCGGCCAGUUCACCAGUUGUCAAUCAGGAGGGUUUGAGCCGCGUAGCUACGCGGAGUGGAACAGAGGAAACUGGACUCAGGGAUGCGUGAGAAAGACGCCGUUGCAGUGCCAGAGAAGAGACAAUAAUGGGAGUAGAGAGGGUGAUGGUUUCUUGAGACUGAAAAAGAUGAAAGUGCCCAACAAUCCACAGCGAUCUGAAGUCAACGAACAAGACUGUCCUGGAAGCUGUCUGAGAAACUGUUCCUGUACGGCUUACAUUUACGACACAGGGCUCGGGUGUCUUCUCUGGAGCGGAAACUUGAUCGACAUGCAGGAGUUUUUGGGCUCUGGCGUUCCUAUUUACAUCCGUCUGGCAGGUUCAGAGCUCAAAUCCUCGAGCAAUCGAUCACUUGUGAACAUAGCAUGGAAACUUUGGAAUGAUGACGAGGUCACCACUCGUGGAUCCUGUCAUUUUGGACGACCAAAGCAACCAGCGUUUAUAGCUAGAAGGGGCUCUCCAGACGUUGAAUCACCUUGGCAAAGUGACCAAAGAGCAUCUGUCAACGAUGCAUGGAAACUAUGGAAUGAUGGCGAUGUCACCACUCUUGUGGAUCCUGUCAUCCUCGACGAGUGUUCUGAAAACAAAAUACACAGAUGCGUGCAUAUAGGACUGUUGUGUGUACAAGACCACGCAAAUGAUAGACCGAGCGUUUCAACUGUGAUUUGGAUGCUAAGUACGGAGAACUCAAACCUUCCGGAGCCGAAGCAGCCUGCGCUUAUAGCUAGAAGGGGCUCUCCAGACACUGAAUCACCUUGGCAAAGUGACCAAAGAGCAUCGGUCAACGAUGUGAGCAUCACAGAAAUCACUGGACUGGUGUUAUCAAUUAAUUUCAUGUGUGAUCAACUUGGCUUUGAAUUGUACACCUCAUUUAUACGUUUCAUCACAUCAGCCUCUUGUACAGAAACAAACACAGAAAUGAAGAUCGUCUUACUCAUCUUCUUUUUCUCCCUCCUACAAUAUUGUAUCUCCAAUGAUACCAUCAUGAGAAGACAAUCCUUGAGAGACGGUGAUGUCAUAUUAUCAGAAGGGGAGAGAUUUGCAUUUGGAUUCUUCAGCCUUGGGGAUUCAAAGCUCCGGUAUGUCGGGAUUUGGUAUGCUCAAAUCUCUGAGCAGACUAUUGUAUGGGUUGCAAACAGAGACCAUCCUAUUAAUGACACUUCUGGUCUGAUAAAGUUCAACAGCAGAGGGAAUCUCUGUGUCUAUGCAUCAGUUAGUGAAACAGAGCUUCUCUGGUCCACUAAUGUUUCGGAUAGUAUCUUGGAACCAGCUUUGGUUGCUAGACUCUCUGAUUUAGGGAACCUUGUUCUGCUUGACUCAGUCACAGGGAGAGUUUUCUGGGAGAGCUUUGAUCAUCCUACAAACACUUUUCUUCCGUUUAUGAGAUUGGGGUUCACACGAAAAGACAGUUUGGAUCGCUUUCUGACAUCAUGGAGAUCUUCUGGUGACCCUGGUUCCGGAAACCGUACAUUUCGGAUGGAACAGAGAGGCUCACCGCAGCUGAUUCUGUACAAAGGUCAGAUCCCAUUGUGGCGUACGGGGUCGUGGACCGGACAGAAGUGGAGCGGUGUGCCUGACAUGACAAGAGGGUAUAUCUUCAACAACUCGUUCGUGAAUAGUCAGGACGAAGUAUCAUUCACUUACGGUGUGACGGAUGUUUCAGUCCUAACAAGAUUGAUAGUGAACGAGAGAGGACACAUACAACGGUUCACAUGGAUCGCAACGGACAAGAGAUGGAACGAGUUCUAUUCAGUUCCUAAAGAGGAAUGCGACUACUACGCACACUGUGGCGUUAACGGUCACUGCGAUCCCACGAGUGCAGAAACGUUCGAGUGCACAUGCCUUCCUGGUUUCGAGCCCAAGAUUCCACGGCAUUGGUUCUUGAGGGACUAUUCGGGCGGGUGUUCAAAGAAAAACAGAGCUUCGAUAUGCCGUGAGAAAGAAGGGUUUGUGAAGUUAACGCGCGCGAAGAUUCCUGACGCAACAAAUGCAAGUGUGGAUAUGAACAUAACAUUGAAGGAGUGCAAACAGAGGUGCCUGAUGAACUGCUCUUGUGUUGCUUACGCAAGCGCUUACCACGAGAGUAUAAAAGGAGCAAUAGGAUGCUUGACAUGGCACGGGGAUAUGUUUGAUACGAGGACGUACUUGAACUCGGGACAAGAUUUCUACAUACGUGUAGACGCGGAAGAGCUAGCGCGGUGGAACGUAAAUGGCUUAUCUAGGAAGAGGAGAGUCGUUAUGAUUCUUGUCAGUUUGAUUGCCGCCCUAAUGUUAGUAACUGUCAUCAUGUUCUGUUUCGUAAGGAAACGACGACGGAAGUCUUACAUGCUUCGAAGAUCUUCGACAACCUUCUCCACAAGUACUUUUGAUUUUGAAGAAUCUUCCAAAUUCGAACAGGAUAAGGCGAUGAAAGAGUUACCUCUUUUUGAGCUUAACACGAUCGCUGCAGCGACGAAUAACUUCUCUUCCCAUAACAAGCUCGGAGCAGGUGGCUUCGGACCUGUGUAUAAGAUUUGGGAUUUAUGGGAAAAAGAAGCCGGUAUUUCUGUUAAUGACGUUACCUUCACCGACGUUCAAGGUCGUUAA